AUGCCCCUGAUGUCCAGCUGCCUCCAAGGAGCAGGCUCCAGACAGCAAAAGAAAGGGAAGCAGGUCCAGCUGGUUUUGACAGGUGUUCAUCUCGGUGGGGCCACAUUGACCAUGCUUAGAAGUUUCUGUCUUCAGCUCAUGUCCUUGGUUUGGAUCCUCUUGGCCCAUCACCAUCUUGCCCAAGGUGAUGACUGCAGUGAGCGCUGUAACCUAGCCCACGGCUGCUGUGACCAGGACGGCAAGUGCAGGUGUGACCCAGGCUGGGAAGGAAAGUACUGCGAGCAGUGUGUGCGGAUGCCAGGCUGUCUCCAUGGUACAUGCCAUCAGCCUUGGCAAUGCAUCUGUGACAAUGGCUGGGCUGGCAAGUUCUGUGACAAAGACAUACACAUCUGUGAACACGAGCUCCCCUGCCAGAACGGGGCCGAGUGUGUCUACGACGGGGACGGGGAGUAUUCCUGCCUGUGUCCUGAGGGCUUCCAUGGGAAGGACUGUGAGCGGAAGACAGGGCCAUGUGAGAAGGCAGGGUUUCCAUGCAGGAAUGGUGGCCAGUGCCAGGACGAGAACGGCUUUGCUAGGAACUUCACCUGCAGGUGCCUGGCUGGCUUUGUUGGUGCCCUCUGUGAGAACGAUGUAGAUGACUGCCUGAUGCGUCCCUGUGCCAACGGUGCCUCCUGCCAUGAUGGUAUCAACCGCUUUUCCUGCCUGUGCCAGGUGGGCUUCGAAGGCCGUUUCUGCACCAUCAACAUUGACGACUGUGCCAGCCGCCCGUGCAAAAAUGGGGCAAAGUGUUAUGAUCGCAUCAAUGAUUUUGACUGCUUGUGUCCCGACGGUUUUACUGGCAAAACGUGUGAGGUCUCCACUCCGGAACCGACCUGGGUCACCUUCUACCUUCCUGAUGACAGGGAGAACAGUGCUGUGAAAAGCACAACCAGCGAGCAUCUCCGAGUUACGCAGCCCGAGCCAGUCAGGACUGUGGUUACUGGGAGGCGGGUUGCCAACCACAGCGAGAAAGCCAGUGGGGGAGGGCUGUUGAAAAUUUCUGUGAAAGAGGUGGUGACCCAGCGGGACGCAGGGCUGAGUGAGUCUCAGCUGGUGACCGUGCUGGUGUUUGGGAUACUCACAGCUGCGCUGGUCCUGGUGACCAUACUGUUAAUGCUGCGGAACCGGCAGAGAGGGCGUCGGAGGUCAAACUGGUGCCAAAGCCCCUCACAGGCUGCAAGGAAGCUCCAGGAACAAGAAUGUCAAGUGGGCAUGUUAAAUACAGUCAUGGUAGAGCCCAGGAAGACAACAGAACUGUGA